UUAACCUGCCCAACUUUUUAGGCUCUAUGCCAAUUUACUGAUGUAUCCUAUGUGAGAAGAUGUCUAAAAAUGAAGACAAAUAAAAUAUUUUCCUCUAUCUUGAAUUCCCUCUAAAACAACAAAUACAUUUGUUUGAAAUUGGUGGAAAUUCAUCUCACAAUGCUCAGAGACUCUUAGUUUGCCAACGUCCGUAUAACUUUCUCUUCAAACAUGGAGAAUGUGUCUAUCCCCAAUGGUGCACCACCAGUCUGUAAUGACUCUGUGGACUUCUACUCCCUCACGACAGGAAACCUCACUGACCUGAACUGCACUCCUCCUUACUUCUACGCUGACCUGUAUGUCAUUUUACCGGUUAUCUACUCUGUAAUCUGCGCAGUGGGAUUGACAGGUAACACGGCUGUCAUCUAUGUGAUCCUCAAAGCCCCCAAGAUGAAAACAGUAACCAAUAUGUUCAUCCUGAACUUGGCCAUUGCAGAUGAUUUGUUCACUUUGGUGUUGCCAAUCAAUAUAGCUGAACACUUGCUUCACUACUGGCCUUUUGGUGAGGUUUUGUGCAAAGUCAUCCUUAGCAUUGACCACUACAACAUCUUCUCCAGUAUCUAUUUCCUGACAGUUAUGAGCAUCGACCGCUAUCUGGUUGUUUUGGCCACAGUGAGGUCUAAGCGCAUGCCUUACCGCACCUACCGUGCAGCCAAAAUCAUUUCAUUAUGUGUCUGGAUCCUCGUUAUCCUCAUUGUCAUGCCUUUCACUGUUUUUGCUGGUGUCUACGUCGACCCAAAUGAUGGGAGGAAGAGCUGCGUGCUCAGCUUCCCCAGCCCUGAGAGGUUGUGGUUCAAAGCGAGCCGGAUCUACACACUCAUCCUGGGCUUCGCCAUUCCAGUCUCAACCUUCUGCAUAUUAUACACCAUGAUGCUCUACAAGCUGAGGAACAUGCGACUCAACAGCAAUGCCAAGGCGCUGGACAAGGCCAAGAAGAAAGUAACCAUCAUGGUGUUUAUUGUCUUGGCCGUCUGCUUGUUCUGCUGGACUCCGUUCCACCUCAGCACCAUCGUGGCUCUGACGACGGACUUGAGGACCACACCACUGCUGAUUGGGAUCUCUUACUUCAUAACCAGCCUGAGCUACGCCAACUCCUGCCUCAACCCGUUCCUCUAUGCGUUCCUGGACGACAGCUUCAGGAAAGCCUUCAAGAAGAUGUUGGAAUGUAGACCUGCCUGAAUGUACCAUAGUACCACACAUGAAACCUGUUGCAAAGGUCUGCAAAGACUUACUGAGUGAGGACAGACUGUGAUGGAAAAAUUAGAUGGGAAGGAUUGAAUCAAAUCAAAUCUGAAUUCCUCUGAAUUGAUUUGAUUGGUUUGUUAAAGCUGCACUAGGCAAUUUUGCACAUUGUUUGCACAUGAUAUAUUUUAUAUAUCUUUAAUAUAUAGAAAGCAUGUAAAAUUAUUCCUUUAAACUGCACAAAAUGCAACAUUCACGUUAAUGAGACUAUAAAUCCUUUAAACACACACACAGUAAACCAGAACAUUUGUGAGUUCAGAUUCAUCUAGACAGAGAGCUGUCUGAGUGUCACUUGAGUUUAAAUGAAUCACUUCCUGUGGUUGGAGAACUUGUGCAGGCACACUUCAGUCUAAUGCAUUUUAUGAGGGAAAAGAUUAUUUUCUUUGUCACAGCUGGACUGUUUGUAUUUUUACAGAAUUUGCCUAGUGCAGCUUUGUAUGGCUCUAAAAGCAAAGUGAGAGAUGUUGACAGAAAUGGGCAAUAUAGCUUGACAUAGGGAUUGAUAUUGACAUAGGCAUCGAUUCUAACUUUGCUUAACCAGUUCUUUUGAUUACACAAGACAAUAAUGGUAUUAAAAACCAAAAGCAUGUUAUACUGGACAUCUGCUAUGUGGAAAAAAAAAUACAGUUAAACACAAUGUCAGUGACUUGCAUUGUGUCAGUUAAAUCAAUGUCAUGAGAAUAUUCAGGGUUUAAGGGUAACAGGAUGCAUGUCAGGGCAAUACAGAUAUUUGUUCAUAAAUUGUUACAAAAUUGGUUGGAUGACUUGAGAAUUUUUUGUGAUCAUGUAUGCAAACACUUAAUCUGCCUUUAAAUGAUGCUGUGGUGUUUUGAGCAAAGUAAUCUCAAAAGAACCAAAUGAUACAUUUUGGGGAUUACCUGAGGUUUUAGACUUCUGUUUGUCAGGUAAACAAGCAGAUUGCAGAGGUCAAUUUGCUAAAUAUCACCUGAACAAUGAAUAAAAUGAUAGAUUGUUUAAAUGAUGGCGCUGCAUAGAUGAAGAAUGAAGUUCUGGUAAACAUUGUUUUUCCAGAAUGUAUAUGCAGCAUUUAAGAAAUAAAAAAGGAAGCUUACCAACCCUGACAACAGCACUUAAUACAGGCUUGGGGCAGGAGGGCUAUGUAAAGUGUAAUGUGCAUUGUAAUGUGCGUUUCUCUUCAUGUCAUUAUUUUUUGUGUGCUCUAGUCGCCCCCUGUUGUCAACAGGGGGGUGUUACCUGAAACUGCAGUCAGACAUUUGGUGCAAAGACACCACUUUAUAAACAUUAUGUACAAUUUCCCCUUUUUUCCAUGGAUAUUAGUGAACAUGGUAUCUGAUGUAUAAUUUCCACCUCAUAAUGAAGUCAAUUCUCAGAUGUAAAGAUUUUAAAUAUUAUCUGCAAUCCAUUGAGAUUUACAAACAUACUGUGCAAAAUUAGCAUCUAUUUCCAUUUUGUGUCCUUGAAUCACAGUUCAGAGUUUAGUUUGCGCAGCUUAAAUCACAAAGUCAAUGCAAACUUAUGUAUUUUAUGUGCAAAGGGGAAAAAGAGGGGCUUAUUUGAAGCAUCACUAUGUAAAGCAUGAUAUCAAUCAAAGAAGAUACAUGUAGGUAAGACAAAAAACAUUUCUAUGCUUAAGAGUUUAAAUAUGAUUUGAUAAGAUUAUUUAUUUACAGUGGUAUUCCUAAAUGUGGUUGUUUGCUGGGCAUUUGUAGGACUUGUUGACUUGAUGCAUUUACAUGAUGCAUGAAUAUAUUUAAAAAUUGUAAUUAAAUAAUGAUUUAACAGUUUGACCAUCAUGUAAUGUGUCUGAAGCUUACUCUGGGUGCUUAAAAGUUGCACGCAAGGGAAUUACAUACUCAAAUUUACUGUUGAAAGGUUUCUAGACAAGCAAAAAUUCCUAAGAGUAAGAGUCCUGGCACAAGAUCUAUUUUUCAGUAUAAACUCUUAAUUUCAACUUAAAUUUUACUGUAAUUUUCUUUUAAGGCUGCACCAUUCUAUCAAACAGAAACAACUUAAAACUUA